CGCCCGCCCCGCGCAGGCGGAAGGCGGCGGGACGCGGCGGGACGCGGGGAUGCGGGCGGGCGGCGGAGCGGCAGCGGCGGCCGCGGGGCUGCUGGGGGCGGCGGCGGCUGCCGCGGCGAAGCUGGCGCUGGGGCCGGGCGGGGAGGCGGCCGGAGGCUGGAUGCCCGUGCUGCUUCGCGUUGGCGGGGUUGGUUUGGUGUUUGUAUGCAACGCGGUGAUGUGGACAGUCUUUGCAAAAGCCCUGCGACUCUCCUCCUCCUCAGCCGCUGUCUCUGUGACAACGACGGCUUCCAACUUCAUCUUUUCGGCCAUCCUGGGCAAGCUUCUCUUUGGGGAGACGUGGACACCUCUGUGGUGGGUCGGCCUCGCUGUGACGCUCUGUGGCCUCAUGCUGCUGCACACCGCUGCGCCCUGGCCAGCCCAGCUCCCGGCGGAGAAGAAGGAGGCGUGAUGGCUGCGGGAGGGGGCAUGGCACAGUGGCACCCCUCAUUGCUGCCUCAUGACAGUGGCCCUGGGCCCCAGCCAGCUCUGAAUGCACCAGCCAUGGACCUGCUGAGCCCCGUUCGCCUGCUGAAUUUGCAAAGUCACGCUGAUUGCGUCUGUCCCAGCAGGCCGGCGGUGGUGUGGUGGCAGUGACAGCCUCGGAGGGAGCUGGUCUGCUCUGAGUCAGUAUUUUGGAGAUCAGGGCCAGAGGCUUAUCAGCUGCUCCUCCUCUUCACACCCUGUGGCUGCAGAGCUUUCUCGGUUUGGGAAGGCUAAAAGUAAACAUGGUGGCUGUGGAAGGUGCCUGUGCAUCAGUACUUUUCCAUCAGAGGACCUGUCCCGAAAUAGAAGAGCAAUCAGAAGUAGACACUGAAGGCAGCUGAUACUUCUGCUCUGCUGUUCCUGACGUUCCUCUCUGCCUCUUUAAAUGGCCCUGGAGCUCCUGCUGCGUUUAAGGCUGUGGGGCCUUUCAUUAAUUCCUUCAGCUUCCUGUAUCAGUCACACACACCUUUUAACUUGCCAUUUGUAUCUGACUGUUAUAAUUCCCACUUUUCUGUUCCUGACAUGUUACUCACUCUAAGGUUUCUGUUCUUUCCUUUAAACUCUUAACCAAGAUGGGGUUUUGAUCACCGUUGUAAUUUUGGGAGAAUACAACAGACUGCUUAUGAA